GUCGGGAAGGCCGUGAGCGGAGCCGAGCGCCGGCCGGGAGGCCCCGGGCCGGCCGCCCCCGCUCCCCUCGCCCAUGGCGGAGACCAAGAUCAUCUACCACAUCGACGAGGAGGAGACGCCCUACCUGGUGAAGCUGCCGGUGCCGCCGGAGAAAGUCACGCUGGCCGAUUUCAAAAAUGUCCUCAGCAACCGGCCCGUGCACAGCUACAAGUUCUUCUUCAAGUCCAUGGACCAGGAUUUCGGGGUGGUAAAGGAGGAGAUCUCAGACGACAAUGCAAAGCUCCCUUGCUUCAAUGGAAGAGUGGUGUCCUGGCUGGUCCUGGCUGAAAGUUCUCACUCUGACACGGGCUCCCAGUGCACUGAGAGCCACACAGACCUUCCACCACCCCUCGAGAGAACAGGAGGCAUCGGAGACUCCCGCCCUCCAUCCUUCCACCCCAACGCUGCCAGCAGCAGGGAUGGCCUGGACAAUGACACAGGGACAGAGUCAGUCAUCAGCCACCGGCGGGACAGGCACCGGCGGAGGAACAGGGAAGGGCACGAGGAUGCCCCUCGGAUCAAUGGGCACCCAAAGCUGGACAGGCACCGGGAGCACCCCCCUGGCUACGACAGCUCCUCCACCAUGAUGAGCAGUGAGCUGGAGUCCAGCAGCUUCAUCGACUCCGAGGACGACGACAACACGAGCAGGUUGAGUAGCUCCACGGAGCAAAGCACCUCAUCCCGGCUCAUCCGGAAGCACAAACGCAGGAGGAGGAAACAAAGGAUGCGGCAGAUCGACAGGUCGUCUUCGUUCAGCAGCAUCACCGAUUCCACCAUGUCCCUAAAUAUCAUCACUGUCACACUCAACAUGGAAAAGUAUAAUUUCCUGGGAAUCAGCAUUGUGGGGCAGAGCAAUGACCGGGGUGAUGGUGGCAUCUACAUCGGCUCCAUAAUGAAAGGAGGGGCGGUGGCAGCGGACGGCCGGAUCGAGCCGGGAGACAUGCUCCUGCAGGUGAAUGAUGUCAAUUUUGAGAACAUGAGCAAUGACGAUGCAGUUCGGGUUCUACGGGAAAUAGUCUCCAAACCAGGACCCAUCAGCCUAACAGUAGCCAAAUGCUGGGACCCAACUCCCAGGAGUUAUUUCACCAUCCCCAGGGCUGAGCCGGUGCGGCCGAUCGACCCCGCGGCCUGGAUCUCUCAUACCACGGCCAUGACGGGAGCGUACCCCCGUUACGGUAUGAGCCCCUCCAUGAGCAUCACCACAUCUACCAGCUCCUCACUAACAAGCUCAAUUCCCGAGUCGGAAAGUAAGUCACCCUGAGGCCAGCCCAGGGCAGGGGGGUGCCCGGGGCCUGCUGGGCCCCAACCCCGCCCCGGCCACGAGCACGAUGAGAGCGGCAGCCACCACACCACACCCAGCCCCUGAAUGCUUUGCCUUGCACUUGGGAUUCCUGUGGGGAGCAGAAAAACCUUUUUUUUUUAAUUUUUUUUUCCUUUAAAGGUUAACACAGUGUUCGGUCAGGGUUCACCCUCAGGAAGGUCCCCAUUUUAAAGAUCCGAGUCGGGUCUCCGGCUUCGCCCCCUCAGGGGAGUGGGAGAGCUCCCUCCUUGAAUUUGGCUGUUUUUCAAUAAAUUUAAAUAACUUUAAUAAAUUUAAAUAUCUUUAAUAAAUUGAAAUAUCU